AUGAAAGAAAUAAAAAAAGCUAAAUUCUUUAGCGUGUCAAUGGAUUCUAUCUUCGAUUUGUCAAGGAAAGAACAAAUUUCAUUUAUAAUUCAAUAUGUAGCUGUAGAUAGAAAUAUUAAUGAACGUCUAGUUGCAUUGAGAGACUCUCCUAGUACUACAGGAUCAAAUAAUUGGACAGUCCUAUGGAACGAAAACAUGAGAGGUGAAUACAAAGGUUUACAAUCUCGAAUAAAUGGUAAAUGUCCAACAGCAACUUUUAUAUGGUGUUGUGCCCACAGACUUAAUUUAAUCGUGACAAAAGCAGUAGGUUUUAGAUCUGAUGCGGUUGAUCUUUUUGGCAAUUUGGAAGCAUUAUACAAUUUUAUUAGUGGAAGUAAAAAGAGAGUUGCAUACUAUGAAACUGCUCAAAAAAAAUACUCAACCACAAAACAAGGUAGGCGUUUGAAGCGUGUUUUAACAACGCGAUGGAUGUCUCAUGAUUAUGCAUUGGAAUCAGUUUUAAAUACAUGUGAGUCUGUCAUAGGAACUCUAAAAUACAGCAAACAAAUUGAAGGUUGUGAUGAUCAUGCCGCAAAACAUAUGGCAGGAUAUCUGAUGGCACCUUUAAAUACAAUUUUACAGAAUAAAGAUUUAGAUCUUUUAGCAGCUUUCGGUGUUAUUUGUGAGACACAAAAAAAUUACAAAAUGCUCGAAAGAAUGAAUCUGAUCUAUUAUUUAAUAGCUUAA